UAUUCUAGUUCUUGUCGUAGUAUAUCGAUUUUUGGCGGAUUUUGAAUGUUUGUUUGAAACGGAUUUUUGCCGUUUAGAUGCUCUUGUAAUUGAGUUUGUAUAUAAUAUCUAAUUACUAUUUUUAAUUGAAUUGUUGGUAGUAUCGCGUGGAAGGUCUGGGUAGUGGAGUUAAGUGAAGGCAUUUGCUGCAAUGAGUGCAAUGGCGGGCAACGAUGUGACCGAUGGCGAUGCGCCAACUUCGUCUUCCAAUCAGCCUAAGAAGCAACCAAAGAAGGGAACAAUUGAACAAACGUACCAGAAAAAGUCACAAUUGGAACAUGUCUUGCUUAGGCCUGAUACCUACAUUGGAUCUGUGGAAAAGGUAUCGGAAAACAUGUGGAUAUACGAUGAUGAAAAAAAAAUGAUUGUGCAGAAACAGAUCGAGUAUGUACCCGGUUUAUAUAAAAUUUUUGAUGAAAUUCUGGUCAAUGCAGCCGAUAAUAAGCAAAGAGAUAAAAAAAUGGAUUGUAUUCGAAUUGAAAUAAAACCGGAGGAAAAUAAAAUUUCUAUUUGGAAUAAUGGACAAGGUAUACCGGUGGUGAUGCAUCAGGAUGAAAAAAUGUUUGUCCCUACACUUAUUUUUGGUCAUUUACUUACAUCAUCAAACUACGAUGAUUCAGAAGAAAAAGUAACCGGUGGCAGAAACGGUUACGGUGCCAAACUUUGCAAUAUAUUCAGCAGUAAAUUCACCGUCGAAACUGCUUCUAAACAAUAUAAAAAUCAAUUUAGGCAGAGCUGGGCAGAUAAUAUGUCGAAGGCCUCACAGCCAAUAGUAAAGGAAUUCUUCGGAGAAGAUUUCACUAAAAUUACCUUUCAACCAGAUUUGGCCAAAUUUAAAAUGGAAAAACUUGAUGACGAUAUUGUUGCUUUAAUGAAAAGAAGAGCCUAUGACAUUGCAGCUUCAACCCGCGGUGUAAAAGUAUUUUUGAAUUCAGAACGACUGCCAAUAAAAUCAUUUAAAGAUUAUGUGGACCUAUUUGUAAGGAAUAAAGAUGCGGAAAAUGAUAAUAACCUUAAAGUUGUUUACGAACAGCCUAAUGAACGGUGGGAAGUGGCGGUCACCAUGUCUGACCGCGGUUUCCAGCAGAUGUCAUUUGUCAAUAGCAUUGCUACGACCAAAGGUGGUCGCCAUGUGGACUAUGUUACUGAUUUGAUCGUCAAGCAAGUUUUGGAGGUUAUUAAAAAGAAAAAUAAAGGUGGAACUAACAUCAAGCCAUUCCAAGUAAAAAAUCAUAUGUGGGUGUUUAUAAACUGCCUCAUCGUCAAUCCAACAUUCGAUUCGCAGACCAAAGAAAAUAUGACCCUUCAAAUGAAGAGUUUCGGGUCGAAAUGUAAUCUGAGCGACAAAUUCAUUAAUGCCGUUCAGAAGAGUGGCUUAGUGGAAACCGUGUUAACAUGGGCCAAAUUUAAAGCAGACAACGAACUGGUGAAAGUCAAUAAAGGAAAAAAGACUAGCAAACUAAAAGGCGUGCCGAAAUUGGAAGACGCGAAUGAGGCGGGUACCAAAAACGCGCUUAAGUGUACAUUGAUAUUGACCGAAGGAGAUUCAGCCAAAUCUUUGGCUGUCUCUGGUCUUGGAGUGAUUGGGAGAGACUAUUAUGGUGUUUUUCCUCUGAGGGGUAAACUGCUAAAUGUUCGAGAAGCCACGCAUAAACAAAUUUUAGAGAAUGCAGAAAUCAACAAUUUAGUUAAGAUUAUCGGUCUUCAGUAUAAAAAAAAAUAUCUGACGGAAGAGGACAUGAAAAGUUUACGGUAUGGCAAAGUAAUGAUAAUGACUGAUCAAGAUCAAGACGGUUCCCAUAUCAAGGGUUUGCUGAUUAACUUCAUACAUUACAACUGGCCGGAAUUGCUGAGGCUUAACUUCCUGGAGGAGUUUAUUACUCCAAUUGUGAAGGCAAAAAAGAAGAAUGAAGAGCUCUCGUUUUAUUCUCUACCUGAAUUUGAAGAGUGGAAAAAAGACACACCCAAUCACCGUACCUAUCAAAUAAAAUACUACAAAGGUUUGGGUACCUCCACAUCAAAGGAGGCAAAGGAAUAUUUCACCAAUAUGGAUCGUCAUAGGAUUGUCUUUAAAUACAGCGGGCCGCAGGACGACGACCACAUCGUGUUGGCGUUUAGCAAAAAACAUAUUGAGGCUAGAAAAGAAUGGUUGACUAAUUUUAUGCAAGACAGCCGAUGGAGGAGAGAAAAUGGAAUGCCUGAUCAGUACUUGUAUGGAAAAACCACAAAAUCUGUUUCAUAUAAAGAUUUUGUCAACCUUGAGUUGGUUUUGUUUUCAAAUGCAGAUAAUCAAAGAUCCAUCCCAUGUUUAGUAGAUGGAUUUAAACCAGGUCAAAGAAAGGUACUAUUUACUUGCAUCAAACGUAACGACAAGCGAGAAGUAAAGGUCGCACAACUAGCUGGUUCAGUUGCGGAACAUUCGGCCUAUCACCACGGCGAGAUGUCGUUGUGCAUGACCAUCGUUAAUUUGGCGCAGAACUAUGUGGGGAGCAACAACAUCAACUUACUGGAGCCCAGAGGUCAGUUCGGUACUCGCCUAACUGGAGGAAAGGAUUCCGCGAGUCCCAGGUAUAUUUUCACUAAAAUGUCACCAAUAACGAGACUACUCUUCCAUCCAGACGAUGAUCGUCUAUUAAAAUACGAAUAUGAUGACAAUCAGAAAAUUGAACCCACUUGGUAUAUACCUAUAAUUCCUAUGGUGCUUGUUAAUGGCGCCGAUGGAAUCGGUACUGGUUGGAUGACGAGGAUUCCAAAUUACAAUCCAAGAGACUUGGUUAAAUGUAUCCAUGAUAUGUUGGAAGAUCGUGAGCCUGCGGAAUUAUCUCCCUGGUAUAAAAACUUUAAGGGAACAGUACAAUUUUGUGGCGAGGGAAGAUAUUGCAUAAGCGGCGAAAUUGCGAUCAUCGAUAAUAACCGGGUAGAGAUAACUGAACUUCCGAUAGGUACUUGGACACAAAAUUACAAAGAAAACGUUUUGGAACCUAUGCUCAAUGGUACUGACAAAAUAAAACCAGUGAUACAGGACUACAGAGAAUAUAAUACGGAUACUACAGUAAGGUUUGUGGUCACACUUCAAGCAGGCCAAAUGGAAGCUAUGGAAAAGGAGGGCUUCCAUAAAGUUUUCAAGUUGCAAAAUUUAACUUCGACUUCGUCGAUGUGCUGCUUCGAUCAUUUAGGAUUUUUGAAAAGGUAUGAUUCUUGCAUGGAGAUUUUGAAGGAAUAUUUCAAAUUAAGACUGGAUAUGUACCAGAAAAGGAAAAAACAUUUAGAGGACAAAUUAGAAGCUGAAGCGCAAAAACUUACUCAACAAGCUAAAUUUAUCUUAGAGAAAUGUGAAGGUACCUUAAAGAUCGAAAAUAAAAAAGCCAAGGAAGUGGUGAAGCAAUUGCUACAAAGGGGCUACAGGCCCGAUCCAGUCCUUAUUUGGAAAAUGGAAAAUGAAGUCGAUGAAGAAGAGGAGAAGGAAGGAGACGAAGAAGAAGAACAGGAUGAUGCCGCAUCGGAAACCAGUGAACGAUCAAUAGCUGUACUUAAGAACAUCUCAGAGAAAAAGCAAUUCGAUUUCUUGCUGGGCAUGAGCAUGUGGAUGUUAACCGAAGAAAAAAAGAACGAAUUACUGCGACAGCGGGAUGAAAAACUCGCCGAGUUGGAACGGUUAAAGAUGAAAUCGCCUUCAAAUUUAUGGCAAGACGACUUAGCGGUUUUCGUUGAAAAGCUGGAUGAACUUGAGGAGAAGGAGAGAAAAGAAGAGAUGGAAGCAAAAAGUAUAAAGAAAAAGGUUGCGGCUCCGAGGGGCAAAAUAAAUUACGCAGAAACGCAACCUUCAUUGAAUGCAGAGCGGAUAGCACCAGUUGUCUCUGACGAUCUUAAGAAAAAGAUACAAGCUGCCAUAAGGACUAAGGAAAAUAAGGGAAAGAGGCCAAUUAAGAAAGAAGUAGCCGAACUAGAGGAAGAAGACGAAUUUGAUCUUCUAACUAAGGAUACGAGUCCUCUCAAAGACAGGGUGAUAAAGAAGACGAAAUCCGCCGGAAAGUUGACGAAGGAAAAAUCAGAUGGAAAACUGAAGCAGACAACAAUUAAUUUUGCAAAGAAAGAAAGCAAAAAAGAAGGACCAAAAAGAUCUCCCAAGAAGAAGAAGAUCAAACUCACUGAAGAUUCUGAUGAUGAAAGGGUCCGAGGCUCGGAUGAUGACUUUGUUACAAAUGAAAACGAUGUGCGCUCGGACUCGCCAUCGCCUAUAAGAAAGAAUGCCCGUAGGGCGGCCACGAAGGUGAUCAAGUAUGUUUCAUCAGAUGAAGAUGAGAAAAUGGAUGAUGUAGAAGAGGUCUUCGAGGAUAUCCUUGAGAAUAGUUAUUAACUUCUGUGGCGACAAAAAAUAUGAAUGGUAACCAGAGUCAAACAUAUAGGACUAAUUUGCGCAACAUUACUUCAAUAGUUUUAACUUCCGCAUCGAAUUUGGCUUCUCUUUACUGCAAUCCUCGGAAGACUAAAGGCGAUGCCAACGCAAAAAUUGUAGUUACUGUUGAUGUGGUGAAUUGACACUUAACAUCUGUGAGCUAAUGUAAUUUAUCAUUCGUAGAUACAAUUAUUCAAGUCCUUAAUAUGUUUUAUGUUUGAUUUUUUAUAAUGUAAUUAUUACAUCAUCGUUUGGAAAAUUUCGUUGGUCAUCCGUCUCAAUAGAAUCGCACAAUUAUUAUCAAAUCGAAAAAGCAGUACCUGUAAAAGAAGAUUGUUUUUAUAUUUAAUUGGUUGCCAAACUCCACUUUACGACAUAAAUUAAUCCAAUUUUUUUUCGGCCAGUGUUGAGGUUUUAGAUUUUUUCUUGGCAAAUUGAAUGAACAUGGUAGACUUAUUUUAUUGUAAAUAUUAAACUAUUCUUGUAUGACUAUUAAUAAUCAAAUUUGUCGUAAUCUAGUUGUUAAGCUUUUAUGUAAUGAGGCCUCCUGAUGCGCAGAAAUGACUUGAAUAUUCCUGGAUAUUUUAAGUUAAUCGUUUUAUUGAAGUAAUGAGACACAUAUCAAUCAUAUGAAAUUGGUAGGUCUUUUUUAUUAAACUAGCAUUUUAGAAUUUAACCUGAAAAUACUAUUUUUACGAAUAAUGAGAAAGUACAUUCUUGAUUUGUUUAAUUUUUUUUUAUUAUUCAACUAGGACUUAGUGUGAGUUAAUAUUGGAAAAUUAAAGCCUAGUUGCGUCUAAAAUGCUAGAUAGAUUCGUAAACUAUUUUAUAAAAGAUAAUUUUGUGCUCCUAUUUUUGAGAGGUUUUACGUGUUCAUAUUGAACCUUAGGGGAGCAUAUAAGUUACGAUAAGUUUGUACACUCAACUUAGAAAAUUUAAUAAAUUAAAUAAUUUCUUGAG